AGGUCAACAUCAAAGGGAAGUUUUCCUUUUCAAUGAUCUACUUUUAGUAACCAAAGUAUAUAAGAAAGGUGCUGCAUCACGAACCUCUGUAACAUCAUCUUCAAUGGCUUCAAAUCAGCUGGGAAAUGGUGGUUCAGUGGCUUCACAAUUGUACAGUUAUCGUCGAAGUAUUUUAUUAACAUCAGUCAAUGUUUCCCUGUUCUCUACACUCUAUUAUCCUUAUGGAAUUAAAAUUUCCUCAAGAGUUGAUAAAGAUAAAACAUUGAUUUUAUUUAAUGCACGUAAUGAUACAGAUAGAUUUAAAUUUUUUGAAGACCUUAAAGAAAGCAUUGCUGAAAUGCAUCAAAUGGAAAUAAUCCGAAUUCAGUCAACUAUGGGUAAUUCAAAUGGUUGUUCAGCUUCAGCUUCACCUUCAAAUAAUUCUUCAUCAUCAGCCAAAAGAUUAACAGUUAAUUCUGUAGGUACUGUUUCCAGUUCAUCAAUACCUACCACUGGAAAUAGUAAUACAUUGAAAACGUCUUCUUCCAUUUCACAUUCGUCUUCAUCGGCGACAACAAUAGCAACACCAACAACAACAUCUACAGGAAAUCUUCCCAAUUUAAAUCAUUCUUCUCUUAUGGAUUUAACAGCAACUUCAUCCAAUUCUUCAUCGCCAUCUUCUUCAUAUUCCUCACCAAAAUCAGGACUUUCUUCUAAUAAACACCAAGUUAACAAAGUAUCAGUAUCAACAUCUUCAUUAGAUUCUGCUCUUCCAAAUAAUAAAGCAUCACUUCCAUCUUUACCUAUUCAACCAUCUUCUUCUCAAUCAACUUCCUCUUCAUCUUUAUCAACUGCAGCAGUAACAAACACAACAAAUCAAGGGUCAAAUUCAAAUACAGAUUCAAUGACUAGUUCAUUGUCAACAACAUUAACUAUGACACCACAUAGUCUUGUCUCAUCAGCAUCAUUAUCAUCGUCAUCAUCAACAUCAUCAUCGUCGUCAUCUUCAUCAACAAACCAACCAUUAACGUCAACUCAAAUUCAAAAUUCAACAUCGACUGCGUUAACAGCGACAACAACUCAUUAUGUUUAGAUAAUAUUGAAAUUUUAUUUUUGUUUACUCGAAUUAUUCUAAUCAUUAUUUUCUGAUGCUGAUUACUCAAAAAACAAACAACCAUAAUAACAUCAACACCAAAUUCAAAUUAUUAUCGGCAACGUUAAACCUAAUAUUCGACAUAAUUUUGCGCAAAUAAUUGGGCGCUUAUAGAGAUGAACCAAUUAAUAUACCAAAAAAGACAUCAAAGUGACAAUAAUUGAGGAAACCAAAGGAGGUAUUUGUUUGAGAACCCACUCAAUUUGAAUUUUUUUUGGUUAAAAUCAAAUUAUCGUCAUUACUCAUUCAAAAUGAAACAAAUUAUCUCACCUAUAAAACGAGAGAAAGACACAAAUUUGAAUUAAUACCAUCAUUCAAUAUAGCUGAACAAUCUGUUACAAUUGAAAAUAACGCCUUUCUCUCGCUUAAAUGUCAACCGAGAUCCAUUUAAAAAUAAACGAGUCAAGUCCUGAUUAAGCUGGAGACAUCAAGUAAUAACAUUAAAGAUGUAGAUGAAAACAAAGAUAAAUUGAACAUCAAGUCAAACCUGAUUAAAGAGAAUUCAAAAAUUUAGUCAAAAGCGAAUCAAAACCAAACUGAAAAGCAAAUGAUGAAGAACAAAUUGAAAAUUACAUAGGGGAUUCUGAUAAAUACCACCAUCAUGAUCAAUCCCAUCAAUUGAGGAAGGAACUUCCUGUUGGAACAACCAGUACCAUCCAUGGUUCAACAUCAAAUGGAGGUGAAAGGAAACAAGAGAAUUAUGAACUAUCGCAAGAAAUUAUGGAUUUACGUUUAGAGAUUCUGUUACGUAAAUAUGGUAAAGAAUCUCUUAAAGCAGCUUCAGUUAUACAAAAAGCUUACCGUAAUUAUCAGUUGAAUAAAAGGUUUAAUAAUUUGGCUUUGAAUGCUUUACGUGUCAACAAUCAGGAAAAAGAACAUAAGAAACAACUUCAACGAAAGCAACAACAACGUCAACCUCAACGUAAACGGUCGUCGGUAAUCGAACACCGUCUCAACGUAACCGGUGGAAAAAGUGCUUCAAAUGGACUACUUGUCAGUGAUUUUUUUGAUGCUAGUCAAUCAUUUGAACCUUUACAUCAACAACUUCAAUCUUCUCAAUUUAGUGAACCCAAAUUAACUCGAACCAGUUCAUCAUCAUCGGCUUCUAAAGUUGUCAUUAGUGGAGGCCGCGUGGUGACCAAGAAAGUCUCUGCCAAUUCUAAUCAA